GUGACACAGAUUCGAUUCAUGAAACCAUUUCCCUUUUCCUUUUUCCAAAAUCACAGAUUCAUUCAUCCAUAUCAAUGUCUUCUUCUCCUUCCACUACCUUCAGUCCCUGUCGGAGCCCCGCUCCAGCACCAAGUACCAGGAUACACCUUGCUACCUUUUCCAGGUUGAGAUCCUCCUUCCUCAAGAAGCUCCCGGAGCCCCUCCGUCGCGCCAUCGCCGACUGCCUCUCCUCCACUUCCCCCUCUUCCGCCAUUGAACCUUCCAGGACCCUCCGGGACUAUCUGGCAGCCCAUGCAACCAGAGAUGUGGCUUAUAGUGCAGUUCUGGGACAUACUAUUGCAGAAAGGGAGCGAAGUCCUGCUGUAGUCACAAGGUGUGUGGCAAUUUUGAAACGGUAUCUUCUAAGAUACAAACCCAGCGAGGAGACAUUACUUCAGAUAGAUUGCUUUUGUUCAACCAUUAUUGCUGAAUGUGAAAUUAACCUGAAUCGGCCAUGGUCAAUAUCUUUGAAUCAAAAAUCUGCUGCAUCCACAAAUACAUCUCCUUUGCCUAUAUCUACCUUUGCUUCUGAGGCAGUUGUUAAGUCGCUGAGUUAUGUGCGUUCCCUAGUGGCACAACACAUUCCGAAACGGCUUUUUCAACCAGUUUCAUUUGCUGGACCACCUUCUGCAUCGGGACAAUCACUGCCCACACUGUCAUCGUUGUUGAGAAAAUCCUUCAAUUCACAACUAUGUCCAGUAAGUGUCCCAGAAACAGUGGAGAGAGCUUCAGUCACUUCAACAGUUUCAAAGUUAUCUAAACUUGAAAAAUUUGAUGAAAAAGAUGAACUUGGGUUCAUUGCCCAUGAUGUUCUACAAUGGCGUUGGCUUGAGGAACAGCAGUCCUCAACAGUGCAAGCUGACAAUGACCGUGCUGUGAAUUCACAAGACAUGAAAUCACAAAAUUUCUUAGAAGUAGGUGCUGCAGCUCUUCUUGUAGGAGACAUUGAAGAUAAGAUGAAGGGACAGCCAUGGAAAUAUUUUGGAACUGAUGAUAUGCCUUACCUGGAUCAACUUAUGCAGUCUUCUCCAGUAACAUCAAUUACUAAUUCUGCAUCCGCUCGUCCCCACCUGAGAGCAAUAACAGCAUCUAAACGCACCAAAACAGGCCCCAAUCUAGUUUGGGAGGAUGCUCCUAUGAGUACAUACCGCCCUCGAGCUCGACAACUCUUCCAGUAUCGUUGUUACAGUGAUCAACAGCCUUUGCGAUUGAGCCCUGCUGAGGUAUGUGAAGUUAUUGCUGCAGUUUGCUCAGAGAUUUCUUCACCAAAUAUCAAUGUCAUGACAGUGUCAACUGGGCUAAACAAUAGCAGUGGAAAACCACCAAUGGACGUGGCUGUGAAUGUUCUUAUCAAACUAGUGAUUGACAUGUAUGUUUUGGAUUCUCAAAUUGCUACUCCACUCACUCUUGCUAUGCUUGAGGAGAUGCUUAGUUCUUCUGAAACAGCUUGCAGGGUUCGAGCAUUUGAUUUAAUUCUAAAUCUCGGGGUUCAUGCUCAUCUCUUAGAACCAACAAUCGUUGAUGAUGCUUCCAUAAUUGAAGAGGAAUAUUCUCAAGAAUCCUUUUAUGACAGUGACAAUCAACUUAUGGCCCAAGGGAGCAAAAAAGAAAAUUAUCAAAAUAAAUUGGACACUUUCUCAGCAAUUAAUAAUUUAGAGUCUUGGAUUUCGAAUAUUUUGUAUGAAAUACUACUACUUCUGGUGCAGACUGAAGAAAAGGAAGAAUCUGUCUGGGCAUCUGCAUUCAGUUGUUUGCUUUAUUUUGUUUGUGAUAGAGGAAAGAUCCGCAGAAACCAAUUGCAAGUUCUUGACAUAAGGGUUAUCAAAGCACUUAUAGAAAUCAGCAGGAAGAACUCUUGGGCAGAAUUAGUUCAUUGCAAGCUUAUUUCCAUGUUAGCUAACAUGUUCUAUGAAGUUCCUGAUGAAGUUGUUGAGCCUUUACCUAGCAUACCGAAAUUUCUUGUCAAUCAACUUCAUCUGAUUGGAGGAGUUCAAUUUCUUUUUCGUGAGUAUGCCCUUGUGAACUCAAGAGAAGAGAGGAAAAAUCUGUAUUUGGUUCUUUUAGACUACGUUCUGAAUCAGAUUAAUGAAACAUGUGUAGCUACGGGAGACAAUGAAUACAGUCAUGAUGAGAUUCAACCACUCGCUACUCUGCUUGCUCAAACUAAUGCGGCUGAUGCAUUUUAUAUUUCUGUUAAACUGGGGGUAGAAGGGAUUGGGGAUAUUUUGAGAAGAUCAAUUGCGUCUGCCCUGUCCAAAUAUCCCAACCGUGAACGUCUAAAUACGCUAUUGGAAGUUGUAACUGAGAAAUUUGAUACAAUGAUAAGUUCAUUCACUCAUUUGGAUGGCGAGUUCUCUCAUAUGAUUCAGAUAACCAAAACUCACAAGCCUCUUCAGAAUUUGAAAGAUGUUGCUCUAAGUAAUGACAUUGGUCUGCAGGAAAAGCACUCAUGGGUCACUUUACAUUCCCUUAUUCAUUCUGAAAGAGUUGCUUGUCGUCAAAAUGGGUAUACCUGGUUAGGUGAUUUGCUUAUUGCUGAAAUCAGUGGGGAAAGAGACGGGACUAUAUGGUCGAAUAUAAAAUACUUCCGGCAGAAAAUAUCUCAAGCUGGCAAACAAGAUUCUUCAGAUAUAUCAGAAGCUCCUUUGCCCGUUUCACUUAUGUGUGGCCUUUUAAAGUCAAAACAUAACUAUAUUAGAUGGGGAUUUUUAUUUGUUCUUGAAAGGCUUCUUAUGAGAUGCAAAUUUUUGUUAGACGAGUAUGAAAUGCAACAAUUAAGGAGCAGUAAUCUUGGGCAUGGCCAGAAUGAUUGGCAUCUUGAGAAAGCUCAUGCAGUGGUUGACAUAAUGAGCAGUGCUUUGUUGUUUCAGAUAAAUGAGAAAAACUGCAUCAAUAUGUAUGAAACAGACCGCAUCAAUAUUCUGAAAAUGUGUGACAUAUUAUUCUCCCAAUUAUGCCUAAGAGUUCCCCCUGCUAUGGCUCUGCCCAAUAGAGACGAUACGCAACAUGAGAGAAAUUUAAAUUGCUACAGUUCAAGCAAAAAGUAUGAUGGUGAUAACCAUAUCCUUGAACAAGAUGCUUUUCACAAGGAUGGACAUAAUGAGGAAGAAGCUGAUAGAAGAUCCAACUGCUCUAGUAACUGCCGUCUGGAUCAUGAGACUGCAUCAACGGCAGCGCUUCUUCUCCAAGGACAAGCUAUUGUCCCAAUGCAAUUAAUUGCUCGUGUUCCUGUUGCUUUACUAUAUUGGCCAUUGAUGCAAUUGGCUGGAGCAAGAACAGAUGAUAUUGCAUUGGAUGUAGCUGUUGGAAGUAAGGGAAGAGGAAACCUGCCUGGUGCCACAUCUGAUAUAAGGGCCACCCUUCUCCUACUACUUAUUGGUAAAUGCACUGCAGAUCCUGGCUCUUUCGAGGAAGUUGGUCGAGAAAAGUUUUUUAGGGAACUUUUGGAAGACACAGAUUCAAGGGUGGCAUACUAUUCUUCUUCUUUUCUGCUUAAGAGAAUGGUGACUGAGAAGCCUGAGAAAUAUCAACACAUGCUUCAGAAUCUUAUUGUCAAAGCCCAGCAGAGCAACAACGAAAAACUGUUAGAGAAUCCUUACCUUCAAAUGCGUGGCAUACUUCAACUAGCAAAUGAUCUUGGAUUUGACUUGUGAUGUUCAUGUCAUGGCUUUCUGAGGUGCGAUAUUGGUUUCUAGUAUAUUUGUGUUGAUCUAAGGACUCAUUGCUACUGAUUUAAGGAUCUUUCAUCAUCUAUAGUUCGACUGAGAUUGAAACAUUUAGCCGGGACAUACUUUAUUAGCUUCCUUCCAUAAACAAAACUGAUUUAUUUUAAACGCCAUGGAAGAGAAUAUAGAGGUGGCCAGAGAGUGAAGUGGGACUCCGUGAGUUCUUAUAUUGAUCUCCAAUGCAAUCAUGUCAUCAUCUGGAGUAUGUCUUUCAACCAUUUGAGAGACAGUUUACUUGGGAAUAUCCAUUAAAAUUUGUUCUAGUCGUCUGGCUGCAUGGUAAACGAAAGCCAGUGUUCUGUUCAGGAAUAAUUUUGAACAUCCUUGAAUUUUGAUCCAGCUGCAGAAUUGUUGCUGAUCUAGCCCUCAAAGUGUCCUCAGGUGCUGGCUGGUCACACAUUUGAAGAAUCUGUGUGAUGAUUUUUUACAGCAUCAGAUUCCUAUUGAGCCUCCUUCAGUUUUGUCACUCAUGAAGGGCAAAUUGCUAUAUGCUUGCUUCUUUUACUUGGCAUGCGGCACCAUUCAUGGAAAAUAAAAAACUUUUGUACAUUCUCAAUAUAAUAGCUGUUGAUAGGAGUAUCUUGCGGUGCAUUCUUUUAGAGUCAUCCAAAUUGCUCUCCUUUUUGUAAUUAUAUGCUCGUCAUUUUGUUUCCUUAUGAGUUAUGAUUAUGCCCUUUAAUCUAAAAAAUUGUAACAUGUAUAGAGAAGUUACCAUGUGAAUAUACAGAGAUUUAUAGUGGAAGCUUUGUCGAGAGCAGUUUGUUACUUGGGGUUAUUUGUUUUGUGUAACCCAAAUGAACUCAAACUCAAUAAGAAGGUGAAUGUUUUCUAACA